AGGGCUGCCAUGAUGAGGAUCAUGACACUCCAUCUGCAGCGGUAUCUUUCUUCAAUGUUGUACUGAGCUGACGAAGAUUCUGAGCAGAUGGGGUUUGAUGGUCCUCCCUCUGCACAGGAGCAGAUGUACAUCCUUUAUGAAAUCAAACUGCAGUGCUACCAGAACCUCUCCAAUAUUGACCUGGGGUCCACAGAUGAGGUGUGUCCUCCUGACUGGGAUGGUCUUAUUUGUUGGCCCCACGGCUCCCCUGGACUCGUCACAAAGGUUCCCUGCCCGUCUUACAUCUAUGACUUCAAUCACAAAGGUCAUGCUUACAGAAAGUGUGAUGGCAAUGGUUCCUGGGUGUUUGUGGACCGCUGGAACAAAACAUGGACCAACUACUCCGAGUGUCUGCGCUUCCUUCAGCCCAGCGACGAGGCAGGAAGACAAGACUUCUUCGAGAGGCUGUAUGUCAUGUACACCAUUGGCUACGCUGUGUCCUUCAGCUCUCUGCUGGUUGCAAUCUUCAUCAUUGGAUCCUUCAGGCGUCUUCACUGCACCAGAAACUACAUCCACAUGCACCUCUUUGUUUCCUUCAUGUUACGCGCAGUCAGCAUCUUUGUUAAGGACAAAGUCGUCCAUUCCAGCGCUGGAUUGCAGGACUUUGAUUCGGCUUUGUUGGACAACUUAAAAACUGUCAGCAUGGCACCCCUGGACAAGUCUCAAUAUAUUGGCUGCAAGGUGACAGUGCUGCUCUUCAUCUAUUUCCUGGCCACCAACUACUACUGGAUCCUGGUGGAAGGCCUCUACCUCCACAGUCUCAUCUUCAUGGCCUUCAGAUCAGUCUCCAAAUACCUCUGGGGCUUCAUUCUCAUUGGAUGGGGUGUUCCAGCUGUUUUUGUGGCAGUGUGGGCGAUUGUCAGGGCAACGCUAGCAGAUGCAAGGUGUUGGGAGCUAAGUGCCGGUAAUAUAAAGUGGAUCUACCAGGUUCCUAUCCUGACAGCCAUUGGGCUCAACUUUGUUUUGUUUGUGAACAUUGUUCGAGUGUUGGCAACGAAAAUAAGAGAGACUAACGCUGGAAGAUACGACACAAGGAAACAGUACAGGAAACUGGCGAAGUCCACUCUUGUCUUAGUCCUGGUGUUCGGCAUCCACUACAUCGUCUUUGUCGGGAUGCCUCAUUCAUUACAGGGCUUGAGCUGGGAAGUUCGCAUGUACUGUGAACUGUUCUUCAACUCCUUCCAGGGUUUCUUUGUGUCCAUCAUCUAUUGUUUCUGCAAUGGAGAGGUUCAGGCAGAGAUAAAGAAAACAUGGACACGUUGGAACCUGGCCUUUGAGUGGGAAGGCCCGGUUGUCUGUGGCCGCUACCGUUACAGCAACGUGGUGCUGGGCCUCAACAACAACAGCACCAGUAGCCAGUCACACCUGGCAGGGGCUGGACCUUCCACACGCUCCACCACGCUUGUUUCAAGUCGUGUUUAUCGGAGCACGGGUCCAGUGAUCACCAUGCACGCCACCCUACCAGGAUAUGUGAUCAGUAACUCAGACCCUUCCAUACCUGAAGAAGCUGAGGACAGCGGGCCAAAGAGGGUGGACGAUAUCUCGCUGAAAGAAAACCUGCCUGUUCUUAAUACCAGUGCAACAGCUGAGGAUGAGGAGGAGACAUUGUAGCAGCAGCACAGUGUCAAAAAACAUUCAGUACGGACUUAUGACAGAGUUUUCUGGUAGAACUGUGCCAACCCAGACCAGCCUGACGGACUUCAAACUUUAAACAGGGUAGUGAUGGUAAACAAAAACUUGUUUUAAUGUGCAACAAUGAAUUCACCUCAUAGAAUAGAAUGAAAUUGCAACUUUAAAAAACACAGUUGAAUGGUUAUGAAGCUGAAUACUAUUUAGCAGGAUAGUAUUUAUACCACAGUCUCUUUAGACACUUCAACCCAGUCAAAUUUUUAACAUUUCUAAGCAUGAGCCUUAGUUAACACAAUGGAAUCUAAAAAUGUAACAGUAAAAUGAUGUUUGAUUGGAUGACCCAGGCCAUGAACCUGAGCUAUCAGUGUUAAUAGCAAAGUUAAUGUUGACCUUCUCAAGCUCUGUGGUAACACUUCCCUCACUCAGUGACUAUUUUAAGCCUUAGUGCUACAUGUUGUUAAUCACUAAUGGAGAUGGUUUGCACGUAAUGUAUUUGUAGGAGGCAAAGGUGAGAUACAUCUCAUGCAACAGAAACAUUCAUCCACAAUUACAGUAUGUUUCAGUGUUGGUAUUUUGAGAGAGCUGCCGCACAGACCCUCCUACUGAAGACAAUCACUCCUCACCUUUAGAAGCUUUCAAACGGAACAGAAAAUGUUAAAAACUUCUGCAGAUUUCAGACAAGACAAAAAGGCUGCUUAUUUUUCUCAGGGAGGGCAAUGCCGCAGUGCAUUUUUCCUGAAUGUGGUUCACCUUCAUUGUAGAAAUCCACUGAUGAAGAUAAUGAUAAGCCACUGGAAGAUAAAAGCACAAAGAAACCCUUGAGAUUAAUGACACUAAAUAAUGAAUGGGCGAGGUAAACUGCCGAUAUGAAUGGUGGUUUAUUCCUUUUCUCAAAAUAACAAUGACAGGUACAAAGACUGUAGAAUACUCAUCUAUUCUUAUUGUACUUGCAAACAUGAUCUAGUAGUGUAUGUUCAAAUUCAUUCACUGAAUAAAUUGGAUUACUACAUGUCAUGUUCUACACAGAUGCAAAAGCUGCAUAGAAAUUGUAAUUUACCACCACCUGCAGGAGUUUGUAUUCCUUCUUUCUUCUUAUGAUUCCAGCCAGUCCAAGAGAUGGCUUGUCCUUAUAUUAAAUCCUUUUAUUGACAAAUUUAGUGUCAUGGUGAACUGUGCUUGCCUGUACUGUCAGUCCACUGUGUAAAGAAUCCUGCAUUUGAAAGAAGAGACUUUAAAGCAACAUUUUCCAGUUGAACUAUGAAAGAACACAGAUUAUUUUUAUUCAUGACUUCAAGUCAGACUCAACUGACAUAAAGAUUCUGCUCACUUUCUGAGAGACGUAUCGAUGUUGGCUUUUAUUGUCUUCAACCGCCAAUAUCUGUUGAUGUGUGUACUUGAUGUGUGUGUUUACUGCCUAUGAGCGAGCAGCAAUUGUUACAGUAGCACAUACCUUUUUAUGGCACAUGAACUGUUCCACAAAAUCAGCAUUUAAUUCUGUAUUUUUUUAUUUUUGAUAAACUCACUGUUGUUCUGAUUGUGAAGGGCUACGAUUGAAGAAUGUUCAAUGAUUUUGUGUCUGCUAUGCGCAUGCAUGUUUGUAAGUGCAUUAAAUGCUGUGUUGGUCCAAAAUAAGAUCUUUAUUAUGAAUUUUGCCUCUUCUGCUACAGCAAAAACAUGUUAAAAAGCUACUUAUCCCUUUUCAAAGUUUGGUGUUCAAUGAAUGGGCUGUCUG